AUGCGAGAAUUGAAGCACGAAGAGAUUGCGAACUUCCCUAAAGACGCUACUGUCGGCGAUAUCGUCGUCACGUUGCUUGCGAAACUCGAGCAUUGCCCCACCGCGACUGCCGACUUCUUCGACCCUAAAGUGACAUCAAUCCGUAUUGUUGGUAACCUAUAUAAUGGCAGUGGAGAGAAGCAUGAAGACUUCUUGAUAUGGCGCAAGGGCAACCAUGUUCAUUGCGGCUUCUUCGCGUUCGCCAAAGAUAAAGGUAACGACGAAAUAACAGCUGAGUGGAAUUGGUUCACCAGGUCCAGUUUGGAGCCAGUGUCGCGCGAAGGCGAGUGGAAGAUGAUCUCUGCGUUCAGAACAACGACUUCAGAUACGCCAUUGGGCUCUAUGUGGACCGAAAACACUACUAUGCUUGGGCCUGGUAACACAGAGGGAAAUCCGAUCGACUCUAACGAAAUUCUGUAUGUGUCAUCGCAAUUUGCGGAGAAUCUGCUCGGUGGCGAAGCAUGGGAGCCAAAGAAUCAUAGGGAAUAUUUGGUGCACGUCUUGAGAAAUCCAGGUACGCCCGGGCAGCCUCCGGGUGAUAAAUACCACUGGGAACACUCAAGUGUAAAGCCACCAUCGUUAUACACUUACCAUGAGAACGACUUCCCCAAGAGCGAAAAUAAAUAG